UAGCUUAGUGAAGGUCACCAACUGAGCACAGUUAAGCUUCUAAUGGUUAUUUUCUGUUGAUGUUGCUGGCAUGGAAAGCACCCUGGAAGAAUGCAAUUCAAGAUUACGUCUCGUGUCAGGAGAAAUGGACAGCAGCAGUUUCAUUCAGUUUGAUGUGCCUGAGCACAGCAGCACCGUUCUGAGCCAACUAAAUGAGCUCCGCCUGCAAGGGAAGCUAUGUGACAUCAUCGUCCACAUUCAGGGUCAGCCCUUCCGAGCCCACAAAGCCGUCCUUGCAGCCAGCUCCCCGUAUUUCCGGGACCACUCAGCAUUGAGCACUAUGAGCGGCCUGUCGAUAUCUGUGAUUAAGAACCCCAGUGUGUUCGAGCAGUUGCUCUCCUUCUGUUACACUGGAAGGAUGUCCUUGCAGCUGAAGGAUGUUGUCAGUUUUCUGACCGCAGCCAGCUUUCUUCAGAUGCAGUGUGUCAUUGACAAGUGCACACAGAUCCUAGAGAGCAUCCACUCAAAGAUCAGCGUGGGAGACGUUGACUCCGUUACCAUUGGUGCUGAGGAGAAUUCUGAGAGCCGCAAUGGGGUGAAAGAUGGCAGCUUCUUCACCAAUCCUGUUGAGAUCUCCCCUCCAUACUGCCCUCAGGUACGGCAGCCUCCAGUCAGCAGUGAUCUCCGGAUGGAGACAACCCCCAACAAAGCCCUUCGGAGCCGCUUACAGGAAGAGGGACACUCAGAUCGGGGGAGCAGUGGGAGUGUGUCUGAGUAUGAGAUUCAGAUAGAAGGGGACCACGAGCAAGGGGACUUGUUGGUGAGAGAGAGCCAGAUCACUGAGGUGAAAGUGAAGAUGGAGAAGUCUGACCGGCCCAGCUGCUCCGACAGCUCUUCCCUGGGUGAUGAUGGCUACCACACAGAGAUGGUUGAUGGGGAACAAGUUGUGGCCGUGAAUGUGGGCGCCUACGGCUCUGUACUCCAGCAUGCGUAUCCCUACUCCCAGACAGCUUCACAGCCGUCCAGUGUACCAGAGGCUUUUGGAAGUCAGACCAAUUCCAGUCCAUCCAGGUCCAUGCUGAGCUGCUUCCGAGGCCGUGGGGCCCGCCAGAAGCGGGCUCUGUCUGUUCACCUGCACAGUGACCUGCAGGGUGUGGUGCAGGGGUCUGACAGUGAAGCCAUGAUAAACAAUCCAGGUUAUGAGAGCAGUCCCCGGGAGAGGAGUGCCAGAGGUUACUGGUACCCCUAUAACGAGAGGUUGAUCUGUAUUUACUGUGGGAAGUCCUUUAACCAGAAGGGGAGCCUUGACAGGCACAUGCGGCUGCAUAUGGGAAUCACCCCCUUUGUGUGCAAGUUCUGUGGGAAGAAGUACACGCGAAAGGACCAGCUGGAGUAUCACAUCCGGGGCCACACUGAUGACAAACCAUUCCGAUGCGAGGUCUGUGGGAAGUGCUUUCCAUUCCAGGGCACCCUUAACCAGCACCUGCGGAAAAACCACCCGGGUGUCACCGAGGGCAGGGGUCGAAUGGAGUCCCCCGAAAGAACAGAUGUGUACGUAGAACAGAAACUCGAAAGUGAUGCGUCAGCCUCAGAGAUGGCGCUAGAUUCCCGCCUGGAAAUCCACACAGUGUCUGAUGCGCCUGACUAAGGAGCACCUGAACAAAGCACAUCAGUCAAUGCAUCGUUGUGAUUUGCUUUGUUGUAAUCUUUGCUUUUCCCCACCAUCUGGAAAUCUCUCGGUUUUUCGCUAGUUUCUCUGAAGAUUCUGGUUGGGGUACUUCUUGUGUUUACCCUCCCCUCCAUUCCCCUCCCCCAAGGAGCUCAAAGCAUGAAGGGCAACGUAUCCAGGGAAAACACAGGCUGACAGUAUUCCUCUUCGGCUAAAUGCUUCUCCCAACUCUGCCAGUGAUUCAGCUAUGCCAACUGGUUGACCCCACAUUCUCUGCCAAGAGGCAGGCACUCACUGUGGGUGCUAGGCCCAGUGCAAUUUUAUGGUGAGAGGCUAGGAUGCUAUCAGCUGGUACAAAUGGGUAAUCUUUUCUAAUUUAAAAUUACUUCUAGGGGGUAGUUAGACAAUUUAUAUAUAUAUAUAUAAUAAAGUG